GCAGUUAUAAGAGAGGGCGCAUGUGUGUGCUCUUCAGAACUGAAGCUCUGGCGUUUGACGACUGAACGUAUGGAUGGAGGUGCUGGUGCGAAACCUUAUUUGACAUCCACUACUUUGUGCCGACCACGUUGCUGAGCACUUCAGGUGGAUUUCGUGAGAACAGAAACUGCACAGAUGGCAAACAUGGCCUCAGCCUCAUCCAGCAGCGAAAGUGAGUCGCAAAGCGUGCUUACCUGGGAGCAAGUGAGCCGCUUGAAUGACGUGCUGACCGAGGCCGUGCCAGUUCACGGACGUGGCAACUUUCCCACCCUGGAGGUCCGGCUGAAGGAUAUCGUACAGAUGGUUCGUAAUCGUCUGGAGCUAAGAGGCAUUAUGGUCAAAGAUGUGCGCCUGAACGGCUCCACCGCCAGCCACGUGCUGGUAAAGGACAUUGGCUGGAGCUACAAAGACCUAGACGUCAUCUUCAGAGUAGACCUUCCUCGGGAAGAGGAGUUCCAGCUCAUCAAAGAUGUGGUUCUGAGCACUUUGUUGGACUUUCUGCCAGAGGGGGUGAACAAGGAGAAGAUCACUCCCAUGACGCUGAAAGAGGCCUAUGUCCAGAAGCUGGUUAAAGUGUACACAGAGCAGGACCGUUGGUCCCUCAUCUCGCUGUCAAACAACAACGGCCGCAAUGUGGAACUUAAGUUUGUGGACUCGAUCCGGAGGCAGUUUGAGUUCAGCGUAGACUCCUUCCAGAUCAUUUUGGACUCUGUGCUGUCAUACUAUGACAUCUCAGAAAACCCAAUGUCUCGGCACUUCCACCCUACUGUGGUCGGGGAGAGCGUGUAUGGCGACUUUGCCGGGGCUCUGGACCACCUCAGGGACAAGAUCAUCGCCACCAAGCGGCCAGAGGAGAUCCGCGGAGGUGGUUUGCUCAAAUACUGCAACCUCCUGGUGAGGGAGUUUAAGCCCACGGACGAAGAUGAAUUUAAGGCCCUGGAACGCUACAUGUGCUCGCGUUUCUUCAUUGACUUUCCCGACAUCGGCGAGCAACAGCGCAAACUGGAGGCUUACCUGCAAAGCCACUUUGUCGGCGAGGAGAAGAACAAGUACAACUACCUCAUGAUCCUGCGGCGGGUCGUGAACGAGAGCACCGUCUGUCUCAUGGGACACGAGAGACGGCAGACGCUUAACCUCAUCUCGCUGAUGGCGUUUCGGGUGCUCGCCGAGCAAAAUGCCAUACCUGAUGCGUCCAGUGUCACCUGCUACUACCAGCCGGCUCCGUACGUCAGAGACCUGAACUUCAACAACUACUAUGUGGCCUCUUGUAACCAGACCAUUCCAACUUGGUUGCCUUGUAACUAAGACACAAAGUUGCUUGUUCUACAACAAAAUUCAUGAGCUGGCCAGAAAGGCGGAUAUUUGGCCGUAAGGGAUGUUUCCCUCUGUAGGCAUAAAGGAUAUUUAAAAUGACAAGUGUUUCCUUUCUUUUUUUUUUUUUUUCUCUUUUUUUUUUUUUUUUUUUUUUUUAAUUCCUUCUCUGCAGAGGUGUCAAGACAUUUCUGAUUCGAAGUGAUAUAUUUUAGUAAUUUGAAAGUAACUUUUCUUUUUUUUUCCUUUUCUUUUCUUGUUUUUUUUUUUUUUUUUUUUUUUAACUUGAUCUUCUGAAGUUUCAGAUAAGUUUCCUCUCAUCUCUGUCCCUGACCUGAGAGAUUUAAAUGUUUUUUUUUUUUUGUUUGUUUUUUUUUUUUUGUUUUGUUUUGUUUCCAUAUUGAAGAGAAAAAAAUCCCAUAGUGCCUUAAUAUAUUCUAACCUUAAAAAUGAAGGAAAUGCUUAUUGGGACAAUAAUUAAUAUUUUUCCUGUGUGUUACAAAAUAAAAAGGCCAAAAAAAUAAUCAUAAUGUUCUUAGAAACUUGGAGGAAAAAAAAGAUGAAAAAGAAAAUUCAAAGAAAAACAUGAAAAAUGUGAGCACAGGUGAAAUAAUCGGUAUUUUAGGACUAAAUUGAUCAGGAGUUUUUUGUUUUUUGGUACACUGGUGGGCAGCUAAAUUCUUUUUGUUCUCAACUAGAAAUGUGAACAGAAUCUUGUCAAAGUAUUCAUAGCAAUGCGCUUCAGUUUGCUGUGUGAAUGCAUACAGAUGACUUUUGUGUUCUACGAUAUGUUUGUAAACUUGUUCGGUCUCGCUAGUUGCAUCGACGGUGAGACUGAAAUUAAAUUUGGUUGCAGCAUGUACAAAAAGAUGCUUUGUCCUUUUCCCGUAGAGCAGAGAGAGCAGUCCAUUUUUAUGAAGUAGAUUAAGAUCCUCAGCUCUAGUGCUUAAACCUUCCUUCAUCUCUUUUAAAAUGGGACAGAGAGGUCGUGCUUGUCCAUACAAGGCUCAGCUGUUGGACGAUCUGUCCUCCAGAGCUUUUUGCGACCAUUAGCAGACUUAGCACUGCUGUGUGUAACAAGACCUCUGGCUAACAGCCUAGCCAAGCCAAAUGGUGUCACGGCGAUCUAAAAUUAUCCCUUCCUGUACCUCUCGGGAUGUGCCUUGAAUGGACAGCAUGUGGGGUGGAAUUUCUAGUGGGGCAACUGUCUUUCCUGUGCUUCAGACUAGCGCCACUGUAGAUGAGGGCUGGACGCUGGUAUGUCACAAAGCCUUUUCUGGUAAUUGAGGUCUGGGAGGGCUUGCCGUAGCUGAGGGACAUACCCGUGGACGUAAAAGCAUGUCCGUGUGGAUUCCUUUCCAGUUUUGGAUCUAAUCAAUGUUGCUGCUCUUGAUCUUUAUUGGGCUUAGAUGUCUCCUGUUUUGGUCCUUUGUUGGUGAAAUUUGAUGUAACGUUGCAAUUGUCAGUUGGGUUAAGCCAGUUCAUACGAUCGACAGUAUUACAUUAAGUGAAUGUCUAUUCUUGUCCGUGUUCUCUCGGCCUCCCGUCAUGCCCACGUGUAGUUCCUCUUUAGAGAAGGCUAGCGCUCUCUUACGUAAUGGCCGACAGCUGCCCCUCAGGUUUCCUCUUCGCCUCGCUCACGCGCCACGGCUCCUGCUGCUUCAGCUUGUACAAGCACAUGCACCAGAUAACCACGAGAGCCACGUUCCUUCUCUUAUCUGUGCUCACAGACUUUUAGGGUCGCUUAGCCUCCCAUUCAGUGGGUCACACCCCAAAGCGCAUUGAGCUGGAAUGGAUUUCUACUCUAGUAUUGUAUUUUGGCCCCCAUACUUUACUUGUUUUUGUUUUUUCACUAUUUUUGGGACAUGCAGACUGUGGACCAAUGUUUGAACCAGCAACGCAGCACAAAUGUGCCUUUUCGUGGUGACCUUUUUGGGUUUCACGUAUGACACCAAUGUAAAGACCUUGUAGCUCAUCCACUCUGGUUUCAGAACAAAUUGGUGCCAUUAAGUUUUUUUGGCCAGUUCGUUAAAGGGUGAAGGAGGAUGAUCUUUUAAGUCCUACUUAAGUCUCAUGUCACACCUUGCUUUUUCUAGUUGUAGUUGUCUAGUCAUUCCAGUUGUUCUGAGUCAUUGUCACGUCUUUUCUACGUCACCUCCUAACCAAAGCAAGUACUGUGCACUGUUGUCAAAAUCCGAAAAGGCCAAGUUGUUUAAACACCCAUGUCAAUGAAUGCACUUUACAGGCCUUGUCAUACUCCAAAGCUAGUCAUACUCGCAAGCUAUAAAGUGCCCUUUCUUUUUUUAUUUUAUUUUUUUAUUUCUUCUUUGGGGGGGGGUGUCUCAGGGACAUGAUAAAGGGCUGUACUUUAGCCAACUUCCUGAAAAGUGAAACUGUUUGGCAUUGCAUUGCUAAGGAAUUUGCAUAAAGUACAUGAAAUGUUCAUCAGCUCAUCAGGAACAAGUAAUCUUGUUUCAGAACUGGUUUUGUAAAACAUAAAUCUCACCUUAAUCGGUCCUUUUUCUUUUUGAUCAUACGUGAAAACAGAAAGAAACAUGCCUUUUGUUUUGUGUGCUUUUUAUCUUGUCCAGAUGCGCUUCACAUAGAUAAGGCCUGGCGUGAUGAGGCUUGGCUCGUUUCCUUUUUGAAGUCUGUGUAAAGUAUGUUUUUCAAAAGGGGAGUGUUUAAAAUGGGAAAACAUGCUUUUGUGUUUUUGAAUUCAUAUUCUGUUCUUUUUUUUUUUUUCCUUCAUCCCCUUCUGUCAGCUGUAAUUCCAUAUUCCCCAGUGUUACCCUUUCUUUAAUAGACAAAGGUGUUGGAGCUUUUGUAACGCGGCUCUGAAUGCAUCUGUAACAGUGUGUGCCGGGGAGGUUUAUUGGAUUUGGACAUGCUUGUCUAAAGUGCAAGUCUUAAUGAUGAUCGAGGCCUUUUUGAAGCCCUUUUGCAAUGUUGCAAGAAGAGUUGUGGAUUUCAGUAGAUUUUGUUUACGUUUUCUUGUGAUUAUUUGUCUUGUUUGUCUGUGAGGAUGCUAAUGAUUGUGAGUUUAAAAAAAAAAAAAAAGUGAAAA